CAAGCAUGGCGAUAAGUUAGCAGUCGGCAUAAUAUCUUGAGAAGUUCACCAUCUCAUCCGUCCUUUCAGAUAGGUGCCUUGUUUUAUGUUGUCAAAAUGAGAAUUUUUAUGAGGAGAAGAAGCAAACUCUGGACGUAUUUGUCUGCGACAGCUUUAUUCUUAGGUUGCUACUUUUUGUACAGAAAUUGGUAUGACUUCACAAACUGGAAAACUGAGGAUGACAUUCUAUCCAUCCGGAAAAGACGAUAUUUAGAUUAUCAACGUGGCGAAAGUUCACGAUCAGGACCUGGGGAAUACGGUGUGCCCGUUAUACUAGAAGGAGAAGAGAAGAAAAGAGCAGAUGGAUUGAUGGCAAAAGAGGCUUUUAAUAUAGUAGCAAGUGACAAAAUUGCCUUGGACAGAGCUGUCAGGGAUGUCAGAGAUCCAAAAUGUAGAGAUAUAAAAUAUCCGAAAGUGUUGCCCAAAGCUAGUGUAAUUAUCAUAUUCCAUAAUGAAGCCUGGUCACCAUUAUUACGUACAGUUCAUAGCGUAGUCAACCGAUCACCACCAGAAUAUUUACAUGAAGUUAUUUUAUUAGAUGAUUUUAGUGACAGACCUGAAUUGGGUAGCAAGUUAAAUGCAUAUGUAGCCGAAACAUGGCCUGAAGGUAUUGUUAAAAUAGUUCGUACAGAUAAACGAUGUGGUUUAAUACGAGCGCGAAUAGAAGGAGCAAAACCAGCAACAGGAGAUGUGUUGAUAUUUUUAGAUUCUCAUUGUGAAGCUGGACCUGGAUGGCUUGAACCAUUAUUAGCUCGUAUUAAAGAGGACAGAAAAAAUGUUCUUUGUCCUGAGAUCGAUUUAAUUGACAAAGAAAGUCUUCAGUAUGGAGGGACGGGGAGCUUCUCAGUUGGGGGAUUCUGGUGGAGCCUACACUUUUCAUGGCGUCCCAUUCCACAACGUGAAAAAGAUCGUAGAAAAUCAUCUACUGAUCCGAUUAGAUCACCUACGAUGGCUGGUGGACUGUUUGCAGUAGAUAGAGAAUAUUUUUGGGAGAUUGGAUCUUAUGAUCCUGGUAUGGAUGUCUGGGGUGGAGAAAAUCUGGAAAUUUCUUUCAGAGUGUGGAUGUGUGGGGGACGUUUAGAAUUUAUACCAUGUUCACGAGUUGGUCAUAUAUUCCGCUCUAGUCAUCCCUAUACAUUCCCUGGUAAUAAAGAUACACAUGGAAUUAAUUCUAUGAGAUUAGCUGAAGUAUGGAUGGAUGAAUAUAAAAGACUAUUUUAUGUCCAUCGUAAAGAUUUACUCGGAAAAUUUCCAGGAGAUUUAACAGAAAGAAAAGCUUUGCGUGAAAAAUUACAGUGUAAAAGUUUUAAAUGGUAUCUUGAUAAUGUAUAUCCUGAAAAAUUUGUUCCCGACGAAAAUGUUCAUGCUUGGGGAAUGGUUAGAAAUCCCAGCAGUAAUUUGUGUUUAGACACUUUACAAAGAGAUGAGAAGAUUGUAUUUGAAAUGGGAAUUUUUUCAUGUCAAAAUGGUGUCAGUGCUAAUCAGGUAUUUUCCUACAGUUUGGAUGGUGAAUUAAGACGUGAAGAGGGAUGUCUGACAACACAUGGUGAAGAUGGCUCUGUAGUAAAAUUAGAACAAUGUCGAAAUAAUUCAUUACAAAAAUGGAAUCAUGACAAGGAAAGUGGUACCAUAAAACAUGUAGAAUCUGGGAAAUGUUUAGACAGAUCAGAUAUACCCAGUGGUAAAAGUAUUAUAGUCAAAAUAUGUAAAAAGGGAGUAGAUUCACAGAAAUGGGCCUUUGAACAUUAUUUAGAUUAAAAAUCGUUGUAAAUUAUAUUCUCUUUACCUCAAGGACAUAGUCCUUUUUUAAAUUUAAAAAAAAUUGAAGAAUUUUAGUAUUUGUUUUAUCUAUGUGCUGAGUCAAAUGAAUUGUUUCCCUAAUUUAUGUCAAUAACAGCAACUGGAACAAGAGUCUGAAGUAUAUUGAUAUUUUUAAAAAAAUUAUUCAUCAACAAAAGAUUUCACAGAGUAUAUUUUAGUGAAGGAUAUGUUUUCAAAUAUAUAAAACAAGAAAAUAUUAUACAUGUUGUUCCAUUCUUCUUUUUUUUUCUUUUUACAAACAAAUAUUUUUCUUGGACAAUAAAAAGCCUUGUAGUUCUAGUCAAAAAAUUAAUUUGCAUUUAGUCAAAGUUACAUGUUUCUUAAUUUGAUAUUUAAAUGAUGAUACUUUUUGAAAUUUUUAUCCCGUACCAGGGAAAAAUUCUAACUGAAUGAUUAUGCUAAUUUUGAUAUUUGAAAGUUAGUAUUUUGUCUUUAAAGUUCCAACUGAUCAAUAAUCCAUAAUUUUGAUUAUUCCUGAUAUAUAAAUAU